AUGGAACCAACCUCGACAUGUUCAACUCCUCAUCAAUGCAUCGCAGUGGUUGCUCAACUCAAUAAUCAAGGAGUCCAAAGCCUUGCCGUUGGCCAAGACUCUGAUGCUCUUUGCUUCUUCAAACAAGCUUGUUUCGCCCGGGAGAGGUGUCUCCCUGUCUGCCCCACUGUUGCAGGAACUUCAGAUUGUGUUGAUAGCAGUGUUGCCAAUGUGAUAGCCGCUCGCAACACCGCCACAACCAACAUCCAUGCCAAUGGAACUGCCACUGUCGGCGCGACUCAUGUCCGCUGUCCAACAGCUCGCUUGCCUGGUCCAUGGAUGGCAACUACAAUUCCCAGCUUGGCUGAUGAUGGCUUCUACAUUGCCAAUCAAGCCAUGUGCUUCAAGCUGGAUGAUCAAAGCAAUGAUGCAUGCCCUGGUAUGAUUGGUAUGAUUGGUCUUAUUCUACUUUUCAACACAGCACUAGCCCUACAUUGUGAUGGCUUGAAGAAUGGCGACAGUGAAAAGCUACAACGGGCCAUUAAUGCAUAUGCCAGUUGUAUCAGCAUCAUAUCCAGUGAUAACAACAUUAUGUUCGACUCUGUCAAGACAGUUGCUUUGUUUUGUUGGAACAAUUUGGCACAGAUAUUGUAUCGAUGUCAGGCUUCUCCAGACCUUGCAGUCUCCGUACUGAGAUUCAUGGAAUCUUUCAUGGCCACAUUCAAAUGUGAUGCUUCAAAGGAAAUUGCUGAAAGCAUUUUUGCAAAUGCUGUUCUUAUUCCUUCUUCUCCGCUGAGGGCAGCUGUUGCUGCCUAG